GUUUAUAAUCGCAGACCUCCUACACCUGCGUCGCUGACUAGAUGUGCGGCUGCCUAACUGCUACGUCUACCCUUCCUCUCUCUCUCUCUCUCUGCUAGCUUCGUACGUCAUUGUUGCCAUCGAUCGGUAGUUCUUGACCAUCAGCAUCGACACUAAUAGCUCCUAGCUCACGCAUCCGCGCUGCUGCUGUUGCAGUUGUUGUUUUCGGAGGACUGGGCCAGGUGGGCGGCGGCUGUGUGUGUCACCACAUUCCUUUGUGCAUUGAUGUCGAAAUUGGCUGCUAAGCCACCUUGAGAGUCGGGGCGUCUGGUUUCGGGAAUCGAAGAUUCAGCGGAUGGAUUCAAAGCAGUAAGCAUAAAGACUGAGCGGUGGUUGAAUUAUCACUGAGGACGGCGGUUUGCAAGAAAUUUGCAAGGAAGAAAUUUAAGCUGUAGAUACGAUGGUAGAAUUCUUUGAAGAGAGCUCCAGCAAUGGUGUGCAUGUCAAUGGCACUACUCAUCAAACGUCAGCAUCCAACAGGACAUCUCAUCAACCAUCCGCCACCAAGACAGCAGCAGCUGCCGAAGCGGAGCCUAAAAAGCGAUGUUUGUGGUUCGAGGAGGAGCUGGAAGAGGACCUGCGUUGGGUGUUCGGUGUCUCCAAGAUCCUGCACACUGGCGUCAGCGAAUUUCAGGAUAUUGAGUUGGUGGAGAGUGGGCCUUUCGGCAAGGUCUUGAUAUUAGACGGCAAACUUCAGAGCGCAGAGGCAGAUGAGUUCGUCUACCACGAGUCCAUUGUGCAUCCAGCUCUGCUAUAUCAUUCCAACCCCAAAAGUGUGUUCAUAAUGGGUGGUGGUGAGGGAUCAACUGCACGUGAGGCUCUUCGACACAGAAGCGUAGAGGAGGUUGUCAUGUGUGACAUCGACGAGGAAGUUGUUAAUUUUUGUAGGAAGCAUCUCACCGUCAACGCUGAAGCUUUUCGCAGCAACAGACUGGAACUCGUUAUCAACUGUGCCAGGGCAGAGCUGGAAAACAGAACCGAGCAGUUUGAUAUUAUAAUCGGUGACUUAGCAGAUCCAGUUGCAGGAGGCCCUUGUUACCAGCUUUAUACGAAAUCUUUUUAUGAACACGUUCUCAAGCCAAGGUUGAAAGACGGUGGUAUUUUGGUCACACAAGGAGGGCCUGCAGGUAUCUUAACACACACAGAGGUCUACUCCUCUAUUUACAACACAUUAAGACAAACAUUUAAAUACGUAGUACCGUAUGCAGCACAUGUACCGUCUUAUGCUGAUACUUGGGGCUGGAUUAUGGCUUCAGACCAGCCUAUCCCGGCGAUCAGUGCUGAGGAGACUAACCUCAGAAUAAAACAACGGAUUAAUGGGGAACUCAAGUUCCUAGAUGGGCAAACCCUGUCUGCAACCCAUGCCCUAAAUAAGCAUGUCCGAAAUAGCUUAGCAGCAGAGCGACAUGUAUACACCGAGGAGACGGCACGAUUCAUCCAUGGACAUGGUACUGCUUCGAAGAACUAAAGUUAUGCCUCCUGAAACUCAGAGUGGUUAUGGUAACCAGUAUUUUUGCCGUGAUUGCCAACUCUAGUCUGGCUGACAAAUUUUGCUCAUCUGGCAAGUGGAAAUCCUUCGGUGGAUAUUUUCAUACCAUUCUUCCUUGUUCUGAGCUUUAUCGCCGAGAUACCUUAAGAUCAGAUUUUGUAUCCACCAAAUCGUGAAUUUAUAGUUUUUUUCUCAACUCCCUUCCUAGAAUGUACCCAAACAGUGUGAGGACAGUUUUGGAUAACCCUCCUUCACUGAGUGACCUGGGUUGAUUGGCCUCUAAGUUUAAUCAGCACGUGACAAGGAGCUUAAAUGGGAAUAGCGAUUACAUGUGUUGUGAUAAGGAUCAAAUUUGGGGCUCCGGGGAGUGAUCGUAUCCUAGAGUAUUUGAUGACAUAUCAGUAUUUGCCAUUUUGAUGUUUUUGAAACGAGGUUUCGAAGCCAGACGCUUUAGGGUUGAGAAGCUUGGGCUUCCUGGUUUUUGCUUCAAUGCCAAGUGUUAAGUAAAAGACCAUAUGUGUUAUCUAUGUUGAA